AUGAGAUGUUAUAAAGACGAAUACUCUAUAGACAUCUCGCAGAAAUUUCAUGAAGCCGAAUCGUUGCGUCGAAUCGCUUUCUUUGGCAUAAUUUUAUCGAUAGUCGCUGCACUAACUACAGUUAUUGCUAUACCGGCUUUAUAUGGAUACAUGCAACGAGUUCAAUCAGUCUUGCAACUGGAAGCAGAUUAUUGUAAAUCUACUACGGGCUCUAUGUGGCAACAAUUUGCAAAGACUCAAGCACACAAAGGUGUUUAUACGAGAUUAAAGCCGCAGUCAGGAAUGGAAGCAUUUCUUAUUGGAACAGCUCAGCUUGAUCGUAGCAAACGUGCAAAUUCAAUUAAUGCAGCAUAUCAUGCACAAAGUGAGGGUGUAGAUUCUUCCACAAAAAUUUUGCAUGAUCCAGACACUUGCCUUUGCCAAAUUGGGCCGCCUGGACCGAUUGGUCCACCAGGCAUUGAUGGUGAUGAUGGGAUUGAUGGAAUGCCUGGUGAAGAUGGUAAAGAUGGCAAAGAUGCUCACCCAUACAAAGUGCAAAAAGAUUUUUGUUUCGAAUGUCCACCAGGGCCUCCUGGGCUGCCAGGUAUACCAGGCCCUAAAGGUCCCAAUGGUAAACCAGGCUUGCAUGGUAAACGUGGUCUACCUGGUAAGCCGGGUGCUUCCGGUCCAGUUGGACCGCCAGGUUUGCCCGGCUUGCCCGGUCAGGCUGGUCCGAAAGGAGAUACUGGACAACCAGGAAUAGUUAUAGAGAUUGAAGGGACUCCGGGACCACCAGGCCCACCAGGGCCACCUGGCCCAAAAGGACUUCCAGGCAAAAGCGGCGCCCAAGGUAAACCAGGUUUACCUGGGCCACCAGGUCCUCCAGGAGAACCAGGCAGACCAGGACCGCAUGGAAAAGAUGGGUUACCAGGAGAAAGAGGACCAGCAGGAGAAAGGGGCGCACAAGGAUCUUGUGACCACUGUCCAGUGCCACGACUGGCUCCAGGAUAUUAG